AUGCCAGAGUCCCAGUCAGAGCUGGAAGUGCCUGCUACGCAAAAGGAAGCUGACACGCAGCUGCCUGCUUCGCCUGUCCCUGCCUUGUCAGAAAGCCUUGGUAAAGGGACACCCCAGAGCGAGAGGUCCGAGCCCACGCCGGGGGAGGGGACGAACUCCAACCCCGCACCCAGCCAACCCACGCCUGAAAAGAAGAAUACGAGUUCCGAGCCCGGAGCCAGCCAACCCGAAGCCGUAGAGCAAGCCGCCCUAGGAUCCCAAAGCAAGUCAGAAGCACCCGCCGUGGAGACCAGCCAGCCCGAGAAGCCAGACACGUCAGAAGCACCCGCCGUGGCCAAGACCAGCCAGCCCGAGAAGCCAGACACGUCGAAAGCACCCCCCGUGGCCAAGACCAGCCAGCCCGAGAAGCCAGACACGUCGAAAGCACCCCCCGUGGCCAAGACGAGCCAGCCGGAGAAGCCAGGCACGAACACCCGGCCCACAAACAAGGACACCAAAGAUCCGAAAGCAACCAAGAACGAACCAGAGGAGGAUGAGUACGUGGCCCCGGUGGAAGAUCACCCACCCCCUCCUCCCAUCAGCAAGGCCACUUUGAUGAAGAGGCUGGCACGCAUAUGUGCACCCAAAGCGGAUGGGACCUACAAAGUCCCGCUCGAGAUCAUCCAGACCCACAAGAAUCUGGAAUCCCGGGAUGAUGUGUACCGUGCCUUCGAGAAAUGUGGUGGCGACCCCGUGAUUUUCACGAAGAAAGUCAACCAGCCAUACGAAGAGAUCAAUGAGAAAUCUGUGGAAACGGAAUUCGAAUUCCUCACAGAGGCGGAGAUGGAAGAGAAAGGAUGGAGCGAGAAGAAGAUCAAGGGUGCCAAGAGAAGCUGCGAGCGCCGGCAGGGGUACAAGAGGAGAUGCAACAGUUGUCUUCCGUUUGCAUACGAAUGUUUUGCUAGUGAUUCUGUGCCUGAUGCUAGUCUCUUGCACAGGAAAUCCGAGUACUGUGACGAGUGGAUGUACUGGGUUGCUGUGCGAGUGAGAGGAUCCAACAAGAAGACGAAGCGGCACACCGUGACCGAGCUCCUGGAGGGUGCCGACCAGGAGCCCAUGCAGGAUCCUGAUGAAGCAAUGGAGAACUUCCCUUUCGAGCUUGAGGGAGACGGAGAUAAGAAGCAAGGGGAAGGUGAUGACGAGGAGGAGAGUGACUCCAGUGAUGAUGGGGAAGAGGCUGCCCGGAUCCUCAAAAGGAUCGCCUAUCCGGAGAUUCCCAAGAAACCGCAAGAUGCCAGUAUGCUGGUGACCGGCUGCCUCCAGAAGAGGGCGAACAAACUCCAGCUUCUCCUGGCGAAGAUGGAGUCGGAUGCAAGCAUCUCCCUCACCACGACCCAACUCAAGAUCCUCAUCUAA